ACCUACAGUCUGACAGCAAGUAUAGUUUCCCAUUGGCAAGCACUUAAUAGGAUACUCGUACUUUUAAGAUGUAGCUGAAUAAUCAGUUCGUUUUAAUCAUGCUUGCUUGAUAGUUGUCAGUUGUACCGCACUCUGCGAGUCACAUCCUUUAUUAUUUUGCGAGUUAUGUUCUCAAAGCUUGUACAACCAGAGUAAAAUGAAGUGGUUAUGUUUAUUGACCAGGAAGCCUGCAUGUUUACCAUUGACUAAUGGUUUGGUGCCGUGUCAAUCCUUACUUCGGCACAGUGAUAUCAGCGAAGGACAGCAUGUCUGGUUUAGCAGCAUGAGAAAUAUGAAUGUGUAUUACGGCCAACUUCACUUGCAGGAAGGGUGUUCUCUUGAUGAUGCAAAAGCAGCAUACCUCCGGCUGGCGAAGAAGUACCACCCAGAUAGUGCGUCUGCUACAGCUAAUGCUUUGAAGUUCUCACAGGUUAAAGAGGCAUAUAGGGCUGUUCUCAUGCAUAUUAAUAACGGUAGAAAAACAAGUGUGGACGAAGAUGAAGAAGAAAGGCCCAAAUAUAAAACACCUCAGCACAGACAGUACUUAGAUUUUGAGGGAGUCGGUUUUGGACCUCCGAGUCAAAGAGAAAAGCAGUACAUGCAGUUAAGAUUAGAUAGGGCUUCAGAACAAGUGUUGGACUACAGAAAACAAAAACUUGAGAACCAGGAUAGCGAUGCAAAUAGCUUAGUGGUGUCCGAUAUUAGACACAGUAAGAAAAUAAAAAUAACUCAGGCUAUUGAACGUUUGGUGGAGGACUUAAUUCAGGAAUCUAUGGCCAGGGGUGAUUUUGAAAACUUGAGUGGACAAGGGAAGCCAUUACAGAAGUUUGAACACAGCUUGCACAUUGACCCCAUGACUCACAAUCUGAACAGGAUCUUGCUGGAGAAUGGAUAUCAGCCACCUUGGAUAAUGCUGCAGAAAGAAAUAAGGGACACCAUUGACAAAUUAAGAAAUGAGUUGUUCCACAGUAGAAAGAAGUUUGGUGAUCCUCUGAAUCCAUAUAAAGAAAAGCAGUGGAAUUCUGUGUGUGAAAAAUUUAAGGAAGCUAUUUCAAAGCUGAACAAAAGAGUCAAUGACUACAAUUUGGUUGUCCCACUUUUGAACAGGCAGAUGGUGCACUUCAGUGCUGAAAAGGAAAUUGUUCGUGCUUUGAAGGAUUACAGAUUAUCAGUGGAAGAAGCAAAAAAACACAAUGUGGAUGAAAAGGACAAUGUGGCAGACAGUUUAAAAUCUAAGUCUAGUCUCAUACAGUGGUUAAAUGAAAUUAUGAAGCGAGUUUGACCACAACUGCCUAAUUUCACUCAUUUUGACAGUGUUUGUGUUUUAUUUUUGCUGCAUGUGGUAUAUGAUCAGUCUGUUAAUACAUUACAUGAUAUUUUUUGUAGCUAAAGUCAUAAUGUCGAUUAUUUUCAUUUAUAAUGAGUUUAAAGUUAUAUUCUGUCCGGUCUACAUAGAGCAUCUUAUAGUUAAAAGAAAUUGUCUCGUAUCUAAAAAGAUUUAAAACAAAUGAAAUACUGAUAGUAAAAGUGGACACUGGUUGGGAACACUGGUGUUCAGAACAUGCACUGUCAGGCUUGUUAGCUAAGAACUGAUUCCCAAAAUAGUUGUGGCAGUAAUUCAAUGAAUAAAGAUUGUGAUAUUCUCUUAA